CAGUCGUUUCUAUCGUCAACCGCGAAGCGCCGCGGCCGGAGAGGUCGUCUUAUCAAAGCAAAACUAGCAAAACCAAACAAAGCGAAGGGACAGCCACUGCCAGUCGCCGAGCCUUGCUGGAUCGCUGUUCCGACCGUUUCUUCUGUAAUCCGUCUGUCGCACUGACAGCGGAAAUCAUCGAAAGAUGACGAUCAUCACGCAACCCUUGACGGAAAAGAAGCUGGCCAAGUCGCCCCAGGCGAAGCCUCUCGUUCAGCAUGAGUCGGGCAACGAAGGGGACGUGGAAGGCAGCCCCGUCAUAGUGACAAUGCGCGCACGUCGCGUGAGCACAACUACGACACUGUGCGUCUUCUUCACAGCAUUCCUGGUGCUGGCAACAGGCAUUGUUGGUGGUGUGUUCCUGUAUCGCCAGUUCACAAACUACAAGGUACGCCACUUCCGUGGAUGGUGCGGUGUGCCAUACGUGUCGGACUCAAAGAUGCCACCGGUCAUGGGCUCAGAUUUCUUGCGGCAGAGCUCGAAUGGUGGCUAUGGUUCAUCACCAGAAGUUGCAAACUCCAUUGUAGACCCUGUGAGGGACAACAACAUUUUUCAGGAACGAUUUGAUCUGGAUCUGGAGUAUGAGCUGUACGAAGAGAUAGAGGUGCCUGACUUCUCGCAUGGCCGACGAGGACGCUUCAUUCAUGACUUUGCAGCUAACAAGACGGGAAUCGUCGACGUAGAGGGACGCCGGUGCUUUGUGAUGCCACUUAACCGCAGCCUUGUCUUGCCCCCACACUCGCUGUUCGACAUGAUUGUCAAGAUGCGGGCUGGCUACUAUGACGUGGACACGGAAAUUGUGCGUGAGCGCAUGCGCGUCGUGACGCCCCCCAUCCUGGACUUUCGGGACGUGGGGUACUACAUCACCCGCGAAUGCUCUUCACUGCCCACCUAUCGCCUUGAACGUAUGACUGUGCCAGUGUUCAAGCGCAGCCUCGAGGAAAAUGACCGUGCCACGUUUGUCGAGUUUGCCGGCAACAAGGUUGGCCAAAUUGAAAUUGUCAACAUCAAGGAAGCAGUCGGAGCUGGAAGCUCCCAAGCCUGAGACAGCAGAGCCGGGAUAGUGUCUGCCAUCAACCGAACAGACACAAGGGCAUGGGGCAAGUGGACGGACAACGGGAGUUCAGUGCACUCAUGUCUGCAGUGUCUGGUGCUUUCGUCAUCCUCUGAAGGCACCUUUGUGGCGGCACAUUUUUUGUCCCAUGUUCGUUCUUAGUCCUCCCACUUUGUUAACUUCUUGGUAGUAGUCGAGGGUUGUUCCAUGUGAAAGCGACUGUCACUCAUAUGUCGUGAUGUUUCUCUUUGUUUCAUUCUUUAGCCUUUCUUAACUUUACUGGUUCAGUACUACAGAUAUGUCUAACACUAUCUACUUAAUCUGGCAACUGCUUCUUUGCUUUUAUUUUUUUCACUGUCAUGAUAUUGAGGGGCAUUUCUGCUAUUUCACUAAUUUGUUAACUAGUAAACACAGCCAGUGUAGGCUAAACGCACACAUGCACUAUUUCUUACUUUAUUCUCGCAAUGUUGUGCUUUUGAUAUGCAUUUCAUUCCGUUCUUUCUCCUUUUGCUCGGUUUCAAAGGGGUGUCUAGUCAUUCUUACCAGAAUAGUUCAUGAUGGCGGUUGCAAUUGUACGUCUGUAUAUCUCAGUCUUUUGUGGGAAUUCAUUAUUUCUUUAUUCCUCCGUAACCGUUGAGGGACUGUGUGUGUUUGAGCUAUCUUCCCAACGUAACAGGCCUGUUGACACUGAUUCGAAAAGUGUCUGCACGACGUAGGUGAACAUGUACAAAAGAUUUGACACAUUCGGCACUGGCAGUGCUGCUGUGUCUCCUCUGUUCUUUUUGUCACAUUUAUUUUGUGGGCCGUAGGGCACAUGAGCUUGUAAUUCUUGAAAGGGGACUGAGCGUACACAUGCACCUGCUUUUUGCUGGGCUAUCGGAAGCGACGCUGCACACAAUUUAGCGCAAGAUUGCUGUGCUCUCUCAUCACUAGAUUAGUUCACCAUCAGAAGCGUAACAACCUCUGCUAUCAGUGGCAACUUGAGUCUGUCCGUGCACAGGUGCGAUCCAAUGUGUUGUAAUGGUUUGAGCAAGUUCACACUGUUCCGAGGAGUUUCUCUUGAUGACGAAUUCAACAUGUUAUCUGGCUAGGUUAGCAGCAGCGCUUGCUUUAUAUUUGGUUCACCAACUUUAUAAGAUCGAAGAAACACUGCACUCUUCAUUUGUACGAGCUGCAGCUCAAGUCACAACACGAAGUGUGCAGUUUUGCUAAUGCUAUAUACCAACACUUUUUGUGGGCUCCCAUGGGUAAAAUACACCUAAAACUUGUUUCACAGCGGUGUUGUAGGCACACCACUAAACUCUUAAAGUCCAUUUCAGGCAUUGCCAGUGCCAUGGUACAUGUUGAAAUGACUGACGUACACUUGUAGCAUAUUAUAUAUACAAAUAUAUACACAUAUGUCUAUUCUAUGUAUAUUUACUCAGGCUUGCCAUGUAUUUGUCUGGGUUUUUUGUUUCAGUUUCCUACUUUUCCUAAACAGUAAAAAAAAGGAAAAAAGCUUUCAGAACAAAAUGUAGUGGCCAAGUUUAGCACGCUACGUUGUUGCCUUGCUCAACCAUUGGGCAAGUAGGAAAAAUAGGAGAGUACAAAGGUGGUGGAGUUCCCCCCAAGCGUGUAUACAUUCUCUGGCUUUGGUGCCUUUUGGCUUUUUUGUUAUAUGCAUACUCAUGUUCUUGCUUUUGGCAUAAGUUUGCAUUGUUGCUUACAUUCAUCAAUUGAUUGAGUAGUUUGUGUUCAGCCAUGAAGCCAUUGCAUUGCAGGUACGUCAUGGUUCACAAGAGGUCUUUAAAAAUGACAAAGCUGUUAAUCAGUGAUCACUUGUUUGCUAAAUGUUUGCUCUCGUGUCCAACAGAGCGACCAAGAUGUGUGCAUCUUGUGUAAUAUUUGUUGAAAAUAUUGAAAUAAAAAAUACAAUAAAGUUCGAGAAGCAGUGGAUUAA